AUGGGAAAACAAAAAGUUCAUCCCCAAGAUCAUGACGAAGAUGAUCAUCAUCAUCAACAUGAUCAACCCUUAGAAUCUGUCUUGUCCUCGUCCUCACUCUUACCCUCCUCUCAGAACAAAUCGAAAAAAGAUCGUCCUCUGGUAUUGAGCACCCUUCUCUCAGUUCGUCUCUUCUUGAUUGUCGUUAUUACUCUUCUCGUGGUGUUUACAGCUCUUUCUAUUUGGCUCGCUGCUUAUUUAGUGAAUGAACAAACAGCACUCGAAUCUUUGAAUGUUCUCAUUUCCAACAUGAACCAAAAAGUUGAGUAUUUCAUUAAUGGUGAAUUGAAACCCAUGAUGUCUCUUGCGAAAGAAUUGGCUGAUGAUUACAAUUACAAUUACAUUGAUGCCAAUGAUAACAUUACCAAUUACAUGUUUGCCAAAAUCAAUACUUAUAAUUUGAGUAUCAUUACAUUGUGUUUUGCAGAGCAAGGAAAUGAUCACUUGUAUGGAUAUGGACGUGAGACUGAUAAUUCCUUGUAUUAUGUGAGAAAACGACAACAAGAUUCCUUCUUAUUGAAAUUUCCAGUCGAUAACGUCACAGGUGUCAUUAAUCCAACGUUCAACUUAAAAGUUCCCUAUGCUGUUGGAAAAACCCUCUUUUAUAGGGAAUCAAAGGCCUAUCUAAAUCUAUAUCCCAAUGGUUUCUUUGGAAGUGUUUCAAAAUUACCAGCAGGUGGUCCUCAAACUUUCUAUUUCAGUAGUUAUGUCUAUAAUCGAACAAGUACCAUGUCAAAUUCAAACAAAACCUUUGCAGGAGUGGCAAAGAUCAAUCUCACGUUGGCAGCCAUUGCUCAGUUUUUACAAACUCUCAAAGUAUUGGAAAAGGGUUACAUUAUUCUCUCAGAAUAUGCCUCGGACUAUAUUCUUGGAUCUUCCUUAAACAUUCCAGAAUUGGAAUUUGUUCGAGUUGUGGCUACCAAUGUCACCACCCGAAAUGCAGGUGCAGUUUUUAAAAAGUUAUUACAGGCAUCGAAUGCCACCACUCCAAUUAUUACAACCAUUGAAGAACAAGGUCAACGCUACAUUGUAUCAAGUUCUCCCUAUAUUUUGAGUAAUUUACAAUGGAGAAUGACUCUCGUUUUUGAUGAAGCUGAAAUUAAGAAGGGUAUUAUUACAAGUAGUUAUGUGAUCUUGGGAGUUUCAUUGGGAGUUGGUUUGUGUGGAGUGGUAAUGAGUAUUGUAUUGGGAUGGAUCAUUACCAAUCCAUUUGUGAAAUUGCAACAAGAUUUUAAAAAGAUUGAAGUCUUGGAUUUGAUGAAUAUCAAACCUCGAAGUUCCGUCUUUACAGAAUCGAGAAGAAUUUAUUUGAGUUUGACUGAAACUGUUCAAUGGUUGUCAGAAUUUAGAGCUUUCUUACCUGAUUAUGUUCUCAAUCAAUUACAAGCAAGUUCUUCAGAGCAAUUUUCAGAAGAAGAACCUACCAAAGAGGUUCCAACAAAUGCUAGAACUGAAAAGGUCACCUCUCCUCAAGAAAGUAUGUACUCUAAAAAAGAAGUUCCCUCAGAAAGGGAAUCGAGUUUGAAAGGGGCUGAAUCGAACUUGAGUUUUAAACGACCUCAUGACAACAAACCUCAAGUCGAUGUCAAUCUUUUCAAAUUGGGUUUGUCAUUGAAACCAUGUUGUGUGGUUCACAUUCUUGUGAAUUUUGGUGCCAUGGCAGAGGGUAGAAUCUCAUCGGAGGACGUUGAAAUCUUUCAAGGAAUGAUUUCAAAAUUGAUUUCUGGAAUUUCGACUACCUGCAAAACCGUGAGAGGAGAUUUACAAAUCAAAUUCUACAAUGAAUAUCAAGUAGUAUUUUCCGAUAAGAAUUGUACAGUGACUGCCUUAGAAACUUGCUUGAAAUUAUUGACACAAUUAUCCAGUCUCAAUGAUCAACUUGCUAAAACUCAACAAAGUUCCAUUAGUGUCCAUAUAGGUCUUGCCAGUGGAGAUGCCUUACAAGGAAAUGUUGGUACCACUCAAAUGAGACAUUUCGUCACGGUUGGAAAUGUCGUGAAUCGAGCUAAAACCAUGUCGCUAAUAGGUCAAGAAAGAGGUUGUUCCGUAGUGAUUGAUAAUGUUUCAUUCCGUGCCAAUAAGGAUUCUUAUGUGUGUAGACCUAUUGAUCGAUAUUGUGAAAACACAACCUCCAAUCAACAAGACUCUUCUAGUAUUUCAACGGUUUAUGAGCUCAUUAAGAAGAAUGUCAUUCAUGGAGAUGAAUGGUUCUAUGAACUCGAACAACAAAAAGAAAAUUCCAAAUUUGAAAAAUAUGGUGAAAUGUUUACAAGACUCUUUGAAAAGAACCAUGCGAAUGGAUCAUUACAAUUUUCAGAGGUGACCGAAGUGAGGGACUAUUUGGCAGAAAAUAAUCAUGAUCGAGUGACAAGAAAUCUCUUGCAGUUGGUAGAACAAGCAUGUUAUCAAAAUAAUGCGAGUGUAUUGAGCUCGUAUUAUUGCAAUGUAGGAAAUGGUAUUGUCAAGCAAUAA